AUGCUCAUCUCAGCCAUCACCGCACUCGCCGCUCUCGCAGGCACAGCCCUCGCCCAGUCCCAGUCCUCGGGAACAGCUUCCGCCUCUCCCGCCGCAUCGACAGCCGCAAUCCCCACCUGCGCAGUCACCUGCCUCGGUACCGCACUCCCCAACUCGCCCUGCGCCCAAUACGGCGUCAGCAACAUCACCUGCAUCUGCACCUCUCAGCAAUUCCAGCUCGCCUACUUCCAGUGCCAGCAGUCGUCGUGCUCGCAGAGUGACUUGCAGGCUGCGGAGCAGUACGGCGCGCAGGUGUGCGAGCAGAAUAAAACGCCCAUUAACAUCAGCGCUGUUCCCAGCGGCUACUCGUCCGGCGCCUCCGCCUCCGCUACUCGCUCCUCGUCCGUCUCCUCCUCAGGCUCGAUGAUGUCCUCCUCAGCCUCCAAGCCCGCCUCGACCUCCGCCUCAGGCGCCUCAGGAUCCGCCGCCUCCGGAUCCGCCCCCUCGUCCACUUCCGCACCCAAGAGCGGAGCACACAAGACCUCCUCCGUCUUCGCGGGUGGAAUCGUCGGAGUCGUCGCGGCUGUGGUGGGCGUGGUCGUCCUCGCCUAG